GGGGGUGCUUCAUCACACCACAUUCGCAAAGGAUUGUAAGGAAAACAUCAACAAUGUUAGCAAGUGGCUAUAUGUUGUAGACAAUUUAGUCACGAUUCGCGAAAAAAGUGAAAACAAAUUUGCCCCUUUUGCGAACCCAUUCAAAGAAAAUAGAAACAAACACUCAGAAGCACAGAUUCCUGGAAAUAACCAUUAGACUUCGGCAGUCUUUCAUUUCGCAGUUAGAGCUCAGCUCGGCCACACACACUCGAUCUCGCGAUCAAACCAAUCACGCAAGGUGCUAAACGGAUAAUAACAUGAACAACAACAUCAACGGGGUGGUCGAUGGAGAAACGAUAGUAGAAUAUUCAUCUCUCGAUUCAAAAGUGCAUGAACUCAUCAACGCGGCUAUCAAAGUUCGCAACAACGCCUACUGUCCGUACAGUAAUUUCGCGGUGGGAGCUGCAUUGAGAACUAAAUCCGGCGAAAUAGUGACCGGAUGCAAUAUCGAGAACGGAACGUUCGCACCCAGUGUCUGCGCCGAGCGGAAUGCCAUCUGUAAGGCAAUCAGCGAGGGCUACCGUGAGUUCGAAGCGCUGGCCGUGGUGGCCUACCAGGAAAAGGAGUUCACAUCACCGUGCGGUACCUGCCGCCAGACUUUGUCGGAGUUCUGCGCCAAAAACAUGCCGAUUUAUCUCGCCAAACCCUCGCCAGCACGCGUCAUGCUGACGUCACUAGACAAGUUACUGCCUCAUGCGUUUCGGCCAGAUUUUCUACACAAUUAAGAAAGAACGGAGGUGGGUUACAAAGAUAAACAAGCAAAGCAGAAGCAGUGCGACUUAAAUCAUGUGUUAGAUGAAUAUUUGGUCGGGGUUUAGCCAAAGCGAACCAAGCGGCUUUUAGACUGUCUUGUGAAUUUUGUUCGCAAGAGGAAAACGGGAAGUAUUUUAUGUCAAUUCAUGCGUACAUUUGAAGUAGAAUAUCCUCAGUUAUGGCGUUGAACAUGAAAAUGUUCAAAAUGUUUCAUGUUACAUGAAAACUUUUGUAAAAAAAUAGAAGUUUUUCAUUGGCGGUUGGUGUGAUUUGGCUGAACCCGGACCAUUUGAGAAAAAAUAUCAACGUCGUACUACACGUUCAUUACCAAAUAAAAUAUAUGUUUGUGCUUGUUCAUUGAUUAAAAUUAGAGAUGUUCACGUGGUUAAACCACAAAUCUGUGGCAGGCUAUUACGGCACAUCCCUCUAAAACGACCAGGGAUGGGACCGCUGGCAGGGAAAACCUUUUGCAAUUCUUGAGGUAUUGCAAUAGUCCAUGCAAUAGUUGGACCAAACACAUAAUAUAUAUUUCAUGUAAAUUUUAUGAACAGAUAAAAAAGUUGUUUUAUUUUUUAGAACAUUA